AAAAAGUGAAUAACGGAGGUUGGUCGCGCAAGUACAUGGUAGGGAGUACGAGUUAGACACGGGGUAAAAUAGUAGAGAGUUUUAGCAAGAGAAUGGAAGAAUGCUUGUUGAAGCAGAAAUGUAAUGUUCAGUUACAAUCCAGAAGUGCCAAGUGUCGCUUUGUCAUCUCAGAGAGAUCUAAUUGACCAUCCCUCUUUUCACUUGAUCUAUCUCAGUUUCGAGGUGAAGUGCCAAUGGCAAAUAUCUAUCUAUUCGUGGACAUUUGAAGAGCCGAAAAUACCUUGCCCCUUACCCAAAUUGGAAGUGCAUACUUUGCGGUGUGGAGGCAAGUGUUCUCAAACAAAUGCAAUUGAGGUGCUCAUUGUUACAAGAAGUUAAAGAAGAAAAAGUGCCUAUCAAUUUAGUCGACAUCAUGGCUUCAGCAACAUGUAUCUCGAAUUCGACGAUCAUGUGAAAGCUGAAACGACACAAGGACAGCGUUUGGCGCUCCAUUGAACCUCACCUGUGGUCGGCAAAGUCACCUUUGUUAUGCAGUGGGGCAGCCUACUUCUCAUCUUGGUGGUUUCCGCAUGGCAGGAAAUUCUGGCAUUUAAGUGCCACUCAGAAUGCCCAGAUUGUGCCAACACCUCGUGCCAAGUGCCAAGUACUCCCUUCAGAUACAGAUUCUUAAAGUCUGAGCUCACUAUCAUUUGUUUAUUGAGAUGGAAGAGCGACGACAUAGGAUUGGACAAAUUUGUGAUAUCCACUGGAUCGUCCUUCGAAAACGUAAAAAAACUUCAUAUCCAAAGUUGUCCACUGAUUGAUAAAAUAAUGGCGAAAUUCGAAAAGCAUGGGCUUGGCCAGGGAUUAGAGGACUUCACUUUUACCACCACUUUCAAAACAACGAUUAGUGCGAAAUUGUUCGACGGUCUAAAGAGGAUGACCUCGCUACGCCUCAAUGGAGCUCGGUUGAACUUCAAGCCUCAAGAACCACCGUUUUCAAGGCUUAAAAAUCUUACCGACCUUCACAUGAUAUCGUUACGCUUCCAUCAAGAUCCAUUCAGCGAGAAGAUAUUUUUUGGAUUGGAUUCCUUGGAGUCGUUGACUCUGCAACAGCUAGAUGUCGCCAACAUUCAAGGUAAUGCCCUGGGACCAUUGUCGAACUUGAAGAGCCUGACACUUCAAUCACUGAAGUGUGCCUUUCCUGACGAUCUAUUUUCGUCUUUAAACGGAUUACUAGAUCUUGCUAUCAAAAAAGAUGAAUGCUACCUUUGUCCAAACGGAAAACGACUGAUGAGACGGUCCUUCUUCCAAAAUCUGACCCUUCUCCAAAGCUUCGAAUAUGUCGGCCAACAUCAAGGAAAUGAAAGCAAAAUAACGGAAUUUCAGCCUGGUGUGUUUGGUACAAAUUCGCAACUCCAAAAUUUGACCUUGAGUGGUGUACAGCUUCCUUAUGAUGAUCUCAGUGUAUUUUCCAAUUUGACGAGCUUGGAAAAUCUUGUUCUGAUUGCCCCAGGCCUUUUACGUUUUGAUUCAUCUCACCUCAAGGUCAAGGCCUUGAACAUUACCCUCACCGGUAGUCAAUUCAGACAAGACAAUUGCCAAUUCCUGCGGAAUAUUUCAAGUUGCAAUGCAAGUGUCACCACUGCUUUGGCUGUGACUGCGCCAGGCAUGGAUGACAAAAAAUCAAUCGGUUCCAUUGAUAGUUUGUGCAAAACUUACGACCUCAAGAGGAAAUGGUUAUUCAUUGUAGUCAUUGGUAUUGUGCUCUGUUUUAUCAUCGGAGGGUGUGCGUAUUGGCAGAGAAGACGGAAGCCCUAUUUUCGGACAGUCGCAGUCGAUGAUAUCGCUAAAGGAGAUCAAUACGACGUGUUCGUCAGCUAUGCCAACGAAGAUAGCGAUGCGGCUGAAAAGAUCAUGACUUACUUCAAAGAGACCCGUAUCAGCUACAUCAACCACCAAGAGCAUUUCCAAGUAGGCGAUCCUAUCGUGGAAAACAUAGAAUGGGCUGUGCGAUCUAGUCAGAUGACGUUAAUCAUCUUGUCUGAACAUUACCUCAAGAGCUCAUGGUGUAUCUAUGAAUCAGAGACCGCCCAGACAUUGGACAAGAAGCUGGCCAUCCUUUACCGAGGAGACCAAUCCCUUUCCGAGGAACAUUUUGCCCGGGCACCCAAACUCUUCGAUAUUAUUCGAACCCAAACUUAUCUCAGCGAAACGGACGACUUCUUAGCCAGGUUAACCCGUGUCGUGCAUGGCCAGCCUGUGAUCUCAAAAUACUCGAAGAACCAUUUUCUUCUCCCCAAGCUUCGAUGGUACUGGUUCAAAUCGGCACACUCCAUUCCAGUGAGCACAGAACUGCGCUCGCUCGAUUGAUCUGUGCUUCGUCAAUCCUUCAAGCCCACUCCCGUAACUAUGAUACUCCAAGCACCGCCAGAGACUUUAUGAUGGUCCUCCAUAUUCCAACAGAUUCUUAUGGUCGAUGGAUCACUUGUGAAUUGGGUAACCCUAUGGAUGUACUACGUACGUGACAUUGGCUUCGAGCCGUUGGGGUCCAUAUCGUUUACAAGUUCUCUUCCAACCCCGCGUCCCCAUCGAGCAUCAUGGGAUACCUUCUGCCCUCUUUCAUUGAAUUGCUCAAAAUGAAUUAUCAUUUACGAUUUGUCUUUAUGUGCCAAAAUCACCUAGCCAAACCAUGCCCCUCCAGCCCGAGAUCAAAGGACGCCCAUUAUCGUCAUCGACGAUGUAUGAUGCGUCCUUGAAUUGGGGCCGUCCCCAAAUGGGCUUUAAAUCGGACUCCACGGAGCCCGUCUAGUAUGUCCGGGAUCUAUUUAGCGUAUACGUAAUUGUGUAGCCAAAUGUGAAAAGGAAAUAUAUUGAACUACAUCCGUCGUA